AUGAUUUACUCUGAGUCUGUCAUUCUCAAAACUGUUAUCGCAGUUGGAGCUGUCUCGUCCACUUUGGCUAUCCCGUUGCCAUCUUCUCUGGAUCUGACCGACAGCUUUGAUGGUCCUGCACCAGCGAGCGCUUUGUCACUGGCUCAAACUUUAGGCGCACCUCCGACACCAGUGAUUCUGCCUGCUAUAUCUCUUGGACAGUCGGUAGAGAAGCAGGAAUCCGAUAUACACUCCGUCAACAUUGGAGAAAACAAUGAACAGCCUCAUGGGGUAGGGUUUAGUCACCAACAGUACCAUCUCGACGAUGAACCCGAGUAUCAUGGUCACCACCAUACCGACGAUUGCUGUAUUGUAGAACCUCUUGACUAUCACAAUCCCCAAACCCACCAUUCAGACCUAGAACUAGAACUCGAAAUGGCUGUUCCUGUUACACCCGGGGACGCUCGUGGGCAAGACAAACACAACAUCAUCGAGAACAUGAUAGGAAUACCUCACCUUCGACCUAUGGGCAUGCCGCUUGAGGCUGAGAAUGGCGAAGCCGUAAGACUCAACGUGGAUGCUCCGAAAUCUGAUAUACCUCCCAUCCGCAUGGAGCGACGUCAGGAAGCUAAAGUGUCAUCGAUUUUCCCCGAAUCCACCCUUGUCCGCCGCAUAUCACGCACUAUGACAACUGAGCAAGCCACGCAAGUCAUGAAGAAGUUGAGCUCGGAGGAUCAGGAGGAUUUGGCUAAAGCUUUUGAACCAUUGGUUGAUAAGGCGAAAAAAGAUUGGAGAGAAUCCAGGGAAAAUUGGAGCAAGUUUUUGAAGUCGAAGUCAGGACGGAUAUUGAUUGAUUUCAAGGAAUACGUACAUGCGCUCCUCGUACUCUCGGCGUCGCAUUCAAACCUCCCCCUGAAUACCAAAAAUCAAUCUUAG